ACAUAAGGAACACACACGUACUAACACGGUUUUUUAACAAGUCUUUGAAUAUUUCUCAUUCAUUUCUCAAAUAUCUCUCUACAUUUUCAUACGUAGACUAUAUACAAUUCACAAAGUGUCAAAGCCUUAAAAUUUAAUCAUCAUAAUAUUAUUAUUCAUCUCCUGUUCGCUUUUGAUCACAAUUAACAAUUAAUUAAUUAUAUGGCUGGUCGAUAUAAUUACGAUCCUAAUCCUUUCGACGACGGUGAUGAAGUUAACCCCUUCGCUGAUCAAGGAGCUGGGAUAAAAGGCACCAGCAAGACAAAUAAAAGUGGAGGUUCAUUUUACACAUCAAGUGCUCCUUCUGCUCCAAGCGCUAGGCUUUCGCCUCUUCCUCAUGAACGGGCAGAUUACUACGAUUGGAAUGGCUCAAGUGACAUUCCUCUCGACUCUACUGCAGAUCUGAAGAAGAAAGAAAAGGAACUAAAAGCCAAGGAAGCUGACUUGAAGAGGAGGGAAGAGAUAGUAAAACGAAAAGAAGAGGCAGCCGCUCGAGCUGGUAUUGUUCUUGAGGAGAAAAAUUGGCCUUCAUUUUUCCCUAUCAUCCAUCAUGAUAUUGCAAAUGAGAUACCUAUUCAUUUACAGAAACUGCAGUAUGUAGCAUUCACGACGUACUUGGGGUUGGUCUUUUGUCUUUUUUGGAAUGUUAUAGCCGUCACGGCGGCAUGGAUCAAAGGAGAAGACGCGCAGAUUUGGUUUCUGGCAGUUAUCUACUUCAUAUUAGGGGUUCCACUUGGUUAUGUAUUGUGGUACCGACCACUUUAUCGUGUUUUUAGGAGUGAAAGUGCAUUUAGGUUUGGUUGGUUCUUCCUAUUUUACUGUUUGCACAUAGCCUUUGUGGUAUUUGCUGCAGUUGCCCCUCCCGUUGUUUUCAAGGGAAAAUCUCUUGCGGGUAUCCUAUCAGCUGUUGAUAUCGUAAGCGAUCAAGCCAUAGUUGGGAUAUUCUACUUUAUUGGGUUCGGGCUAUUCUGUCUUGAGGCACUUCUCAGCGUUUGGGUUAUUCAGCAAGUAUACAUGUAUUUCCGAGGGAGUGGUAGAGCUGCAGAGAUGAGACGUGAGGGUGCUCGGUAAGAGCAUUAAAGAAUCCAAGUGCAUUGUCUACGAUACAUAUAGAGGACUCGACUAUGCUCAUUAUAAGUUUGUUUGUUAUGGUGAUCUUGUUUGUUGAUUUUGUUGGAUGGAUUUUUUAUGAAGAUUUAUGUUAUUUAAUAGUGAAAACAUUGAAAAAUGGAAGGAACUGGUGGUUUUUUGCCUAUUGUAAAUUUGUCAUAUAACAUUUUGGUUCAUGUAUAUAUGUUCAUAAGAAAAGAGAUGGGUGAUUCUUGUUCUUGCCAAA